CUCACUCAUAUAUUCCCCCAAACUCCUCUUCUUUCCCUUCCUCUUUACAUCUCUCUCUCUCCCUCUCUCUCUGGUUUUUGUAGAUUUUGUGUGUCAGAAACUGAAUUCUUCUUUUGUCCUUCGCAGAUCUCUCUCUGCAGCUCCCCCUUUUUCUGUGUGUCAGAAAAACAUAAUCUUUCUGUCAGAAACUGUUCUUUCCUUGUCUCUCUUCAUCCCAAUAUCAUCCUUCUAAUUUCCAAAUCCCACACAACCCACUUAUUAUAUAUACCCACAUCUGGUUCCUCCCAAAGAAAAACCCAGAAAAUAGUCUCCAUGAAUUCAUAUUCCUCUUCAAGUACAUUAAGAUCUAGGUUCACUACCAGGUUCCUUCAAGCUCUGGUGAAGAUAAAUAAUGGGCAAGAAAGAGAAGCUAACCCUGCUUCUCCUCGCCAAGUCCAUAGGCGAUAUCGGAGGGUCAGGAUUGCAGCUGAUAAAUCCUUGGCUUUGGCUGUUGGGUCAAGGAGAUCAUGGAGUAGGACAUUGCUUUGCAAGAUCAGAACCCAAAAACGACACCGUUGGGCUUUGACAAGAAGGAAUACUCAAAGACACCAUAAGAAUAAUAUUAAUGGAGAGAGUGAUUUGGGUUUGAGAGGUCAGUCAAGAGAGUUACAGAAGCUGGUGCCAGGGAGUGAAGGUAUGGAUUUGUGUAGUUUGUUGGAUGAGACUGCUCACUACAUCAACUGCCUUGCCACACAAGUACAGGUCAUGAGAUGUAUUGCAAGUUCUUGCAACUCUACCUGAACCCCCAUAUAUAUACAUAAAUACAUACAUAUAUGUGUAUAUAUGUGUGUGUGGAUAUAUAUAUAUAUAAACUUAUAUAUGUUAUGGCAUGAUGUGUAGUUUGUAUUUUGUGUAUGGAAAUUGUCGUCUAUAUAUUUGGAUAAAUAGUGCUGUAAUUAAUCAGAUUUAUGUAAUAUUGUAAGUUAUUAUAUAUGUAUCACAUCUAUAUAUAUGAUUUGAAGCUUCGAAUGUAGAUUCAUUUUCCUUCUUU